AUGUUCGCUGACCUUCGCACCCGGAUCGGGGAGAGGGAGCCCGCGGGCGAGGGGACUACAGCCCGGAGCGGGGCACCAUGGACGCUGCCGCUCACUUCAGAUUUUGUCGGAAUCUCCUGGAACACACGGUGUCCGCAGAGAACCUUAACCAUCGCCUCCGACGUGAUAUCGGUAACAGCCUAACCUGGCAUGACGGCCGAGGGCACAGGACAACUGGAGGCAGGGCAAUUAAACUCCUUAAACAGCCUGGAACAGAUGUAUCCCAGGUAAGACCCAGCGAUCAAUACGGAAUUUAUCACACCAGUCCGUCCUUCAGCUGCCUCACAAAACCGGUCGUCCUCUGGACCCAGCAAGACGUGUGCAAGUGGCUGAAGAAGCAUUGCCCACACAACUAUCUCACCUAUGUUGAGGCCUUCUCCCACCAUGCCAUCACA